GACAGGCGGGCGUUCUUUUAGGGGGUUAUGGGAGCGAUCUGGCGUCCGGGAUGGAGGCUGGUUGCUUUUUGUGGCUGGCGAUGGAGCCACCCUGGAUCCCCAACUGGGGCUGCGGAGAGAGUAGAGCCAUUCCUUAGCCUGGAGUGGAGCGGAACAGGAGGGGCUGAGAGAGGGCUGAGACGGCUGUGGACAUGGGAACGCCGGAGACCCGCCCGGGACCCAGCCGCGCAGUGGCGGCGGCGACCGAAGAGCACAAACCCUUUCACGCGGGCGCAGGAGGAGGACUGGAGGCGGCGGAACAAGACGGUGCUCACCUACGUGACCGCGGCCGCCGUGGGCAUGCUGGGGGCCUCUUACGCCGCCGUGCCCCUUUAUCGGCUCUAUUGCCAGGUAGGGGGCGGCGCGAUCGGGAGGGUCAAGACAAAAACUGGUGGAGUUCAGGAAGGUCAGGGGUACAAUCACAGAUGAUGAGAACACUGCACA